GGAAGUUUUCGCUGUAUUCGCUGCUGGUGCUUUUGAGGCGUGAGAAUAUGUCAUCGGCGAACUCGUCCUGAAAUAUCCCAUAACCUAAACUCCAGUCACCAGGGAAACUGUUCAAAACACAGAGAAGGUUUGAUCUGAACACUGCCUGGACACACCACACAGGGACACACACAGGGACACACAUCUUCACACACACGUACACGUAGACACACACACUCUGUGGUGAUGUCUGAGGCGGAGGGGUGUGUGUCGGUGUGGGAGUGGCUGUGUGCUCUGCAUCUGGACCAGUAUUUCCCAGUGUUCCAGGAUGCGGGGUUAGGAACGUUGUUGGAAUGCCAAGGGCUGACCCAGGAUCAGCUGGAGACGAUUGGAAUCAAACUGCCUGGACACCGCAAACGCAUCCUAGCCAGCCUGCAAAAAACACACCACCACACACACCCCGAGAGAGAGCACGAUGCCCUACUCACACAUCUGGCUGCAGAGGGAGACCAGAGAGAGGAAGAGAGAGCUGUGUUCAGACCCAGUCCUUUGGGGAGAGAGACACCACUACCUGCACAGAGACCAGUAUCCAGAGGAGAGAGACCAGUCCCUAAGGAGAGAUCAGUGUUCAGGGAAGAAGAGAGGGAUGGAGAGAGACCGAGACCAGUCCCUAAGGAGAGAACUAAGUACCGCUCUGUCCCUGUAGAGACAUUGGACUGUGGCCAGACUUCCCCCCCUCCCAACCCUACCUUCUGCCCUACCACCCCCAAUCCCAACUCUACCUCCUACUCUACCGCCCCCCAUUCUACUGCCCAGGACCCCCCCUUACCCCCCAUCCCCCCUCGCAGCACCCCAAACGGCCCCCCACUACGCUUCAUCCCCACCUCCCCUAAACACUCCCCCAUGGCACCCAAACCCAGACAUAAACAUAACAAUACACACUCCUCUACAAACACUCAGACCACAGUACCCCUCCCUAGCCUCUCCACCAAUCCCCCCACAGUACCUCUCCCUAACCUCUCCACCAAUCCCCCCACAGUACCCCUCCCUAGCCUCUCCACCAAUCCCCCCACAGUACCCCUCCCUAGCCUCUCCACCAAUCCCCCCACAGUACCUCUCCCUAGCCUCGCCACCAAUCCCCUCACUGUACCCCUCCCUAGCCUCUCCACCAAUCCCCGCACAGUACCUCUCCCUAGCCUCUCCACCAAUCCCCCCACAGUACCUCUCCCUAGCCUCUCCACCAAUCCCCGCACAGUACCUCUCCCUAGCCUCUCCACCAAUCCCCCCACAGUACCUCUCCCUAGCCUCUCCACCAAUCCCCCCACAGUACCUCUCCCUAGCCUCUCUCCCUCGCCUGUUUCACCAGCCAGACACCCCCAGCAGGUGGGGGAGGGAGGGAGAAAGCCCUCUCCUGUUUCACUAGCCAGACACCCCCAGCAGGUGGGGGAGGGAGGGAGAAAGCCCUCUCCUGUUUCACCAGCCAGACACCCCCAGCAGGUGGGGGAGGGAGGGAGAAAGCCCUCCCCUGUUUCGCCCUCUUCCUCCUCCUCUUCCUUCUCAGUUGAACAAUAUGACCAGUCUUCCUCUUCUGAUCAAUGCGUGCCCACCCUCCCCCCUAAAGUCUACGUGGUGGGGGCGGGCCCUAAAGAGCCUCGCGGCCCUGCUCCAAUCCCACGUCGACCUCCUGUUUUGCCCCCCAGAACCACACCCACACAUAGCGAUGCUCCAGUCAAUGAGCCGCACCCCGAGCGAACUCCACCCCCCCCGCCUCGGACCAGGGUACACAACACACCAAUCGAAGGCACACAGCCUGCUCUGCCAAUGAGAAGAGUCCCCCAGCCACCGCCUGAAAUCAGGUCAGAUUUUGGUGACAGUUCAGAUGACUCUGAGGAUCCAGACCAAGUUUACCCCAAGCCCCAGUCUGUGAACAUGGCAGACAGGGAUGUGUUCCUGCCGGUGCCGGGGUGGGGGAAGGGGCGGUACAGCUCUCUCUGCAGCGACGAUGAACUAUUGGACGAUGACAACGAGCCAAUCAGCAACCGUCAGAGCUCAUGGCAGGACUAUGGUCUGAGUACGCUACAGGAGAGUGUCUACCUGCCGGUCACAGGCAGGAUCCUAGCCCAGCCCCCUAGAGAUGGCCCCUCCCCUGUUCUAAAGAUGGGCUGGCUGGAUAAGAACCCACCGCAGGGGUCUCUGUACUACCAGAGGAGAUGGGUGAAGCUGGAUGUUGACUACCUGAGAUACUUUGACAACGACAAGGAGGUAUACUCUAAGAGGAUCAUACCAACGGCUGCCAUUACGGGGGUGACCAAUGUGGGGGAGCAGAAGUUUGAGGUGGUCACAACCAACCGGACCUUUCUCUUCAGAGCCGAGAGCGACUUUGAGAGGAAUGAGUGGGUGUCAGUUCUGCAGAACUUCACUAGGGGGCGCCAGGAGGGCAGCAGGGAGAUUACUUCACACUCCUCGAUGACCCCUGGUUCACCCCUGACCCCUGAACAGCAGGGCUACCUGGAGCUGAGGGGCCUGCGCUCCAAACUCUACACAGUCGUCUCUGGAGACAAGGUCUUCCUCUACAAGAACAUGGAGGACUACCGUCUUGGCAUCGGCAUCACGUCUAUCGACAUGAACGUAGGAAACGUGAAAGACACUGACCGUCGCAGCUUUGAUCUGACAACACCCUACCGCAUCUUCAGUUUUCUAGCGGAUUCAGAACAACAUAAAGACCAGUGGGUAGAAGCGAUGCGUGAAGCGAUUGGAGAGGCUCUGUCCAAUAGCGAGGUGGCUAAUCAAAUCUGGGCGGAGCCUAGCAAUGGUUGCUGUGCCGACUGUGGCGCCGCCAAACCUGAGUGGGCUGCCAUCAACUUGUGUGUGGUGGUCUGCAAACGCUGUGCAGGAGAGCACCGCGGUUUAGGCCCCAGCAUCUCUAAGGUGCGCAGUCUGAAGAUGGACAGGAGGGUGUGGACAGAGGAGCUUAUACAGGUGUUCCUGUUGCUAGGUAAUGAGCGUCUGAACAGAUUUUGGGCGGCGAACGUCCCUCCCAGCGAGGCGCUGAGUCCGACCAGCUGCAGCGAAGACCGCCGACGAUUCGUCAGCUCCAAAUACAGACAGGGCAAAUACCGCAAAUACCACCCCCUCUACGGCAACCAGGAAGAGCUUAACAACGCCCUGUGUAUAAACGUGCAGUGCAGUGAUGUCCUGGAGACCUUAUGUCUGGUGUUCUGUGGAGCUGAUGUGAACUGUUCUACUGGCCAGGCUGACUGUCCCUCCCCUCUCUCCCUGGCACUCGCCCACAACCAGAAACUACAGGCCCAGUUCCUCUCACACAACCUCAACACAGAGCUGCCUCGGUCGGAGGUGACCGGGGCCAUGGAGCCUCAACACUAUUCACCACAGCACCCCGUCACUCACAAUGGCUUCCUUUUCAAGACCGCCUCCAUGGCCCGGCCUAUCACGGAGCGUAAGGCCAGGGAGGAGUUCAGUCGUCGCUGGUGUAUGUUAAAUGAUGGGAACUUUAGUUACUAUGAGAGUGACAAGAACUCCACGCCCAACGGAACCCUGAAGUCUACAGAGAUAGUCUGUAUGGCUGUCAACACACCAGAGAGACAUGGCUAUGACCAUACAUUUGAGCUGUACUCAGACUCUGAGCGUAUCUAUCUCUUUGGCACUGAUGACCCAGACAGCCACAGGGAGUGGGUUAAAUCUAUCACCAAGACGUUUAUUCCAUCCAAUGCAGAGGGCCUAUUGAGGCUGGCUUUUGAAAGGAUUGGCCGGCUGCGGUAUAAAGACGGGCUGAAUCUACAGAGCCCUCGGGUUGGCUGGUUCGCUCUGGUCGGCUCCUCCCUCCAUGCCUACCUAGAGGACAGUGUGGAAGAGGAGGAGAUACACCUACGCAAACUACAGGAGCUCUCGAUCCAGCAGGAGAAUGAGGUGCUGGUUCUGGUGGAGAGAGGCAGGACUCUGUACAUUGAGGGGGAGAAGAAGCUUGACUUCCAGGGUUGGUGUGUGUCCGUGCAGAGAGCAGCAGGCAGUGCAGGAGACUCUCUUAGUCAGCAGCAACUAACUGAGACCGACAUCCCUGUUAUAGUGGACCGCUGCAUUGACUACAUCACACAGUGUGGUCUGACGUCCGAGGGUAUCUACCGUAAGAGCGGUGUGAACAGUCGCGUGGCGACGCUGUGCGAGGCGUUUCGGCGUGAUGCCCGUAGCGUGCGUCUGAAGGAGGGUGAGCACCAGGUGGACGACGUGUCUAACACACUGAAACGCUUCUUCAGAGAGUCUGGAGAGGGCCUGUUCACCAUACAGGCUGCUAGCGCAUGGCUCAGCACACCUGUGAUCCCAGAGGAGAGCAGAAAGAUCUGUCAGUACCAGCUGCUGCUGAGCCAGCUGCCCAGAGUCAACAAGGCCACGCUACGAGCCCUGGUCAACCACCUCUACUGUGUGCAGCGGUUUGCAGAGCUGAACCAGAUGAAUCUCCAUAACCUGGCUAUAGUAUUUGGCCCAACACUGUUCCAGAGCGACGGGAAGGACUACACCGCUGGCCUUGUCGUAGAGGAACUCAUAGAGCACUACACGGACGUCUUUGAGGUGGAUGAGAUGCAGCUGAAAAGACAGCUGGAUGAGAUCACGGCCAUCAUUAAAGUCAGAGAGAAGUUGAACCACAACUCCAGCGUCCCUGCGUCGGGGUCAGCAGGUGACUUCAUCUGUACAGUGUACCUGGAGGAGAAGAAGGAGACAACAGAGCAGCAUGUCAAGAUCCCUGGUUCUAUGACGGCAGCAGAGCUGACCUGUGAGAUUCUGGACCGGCGGAAGAUCCAGGUCAGAGAGAAAGACUACUGGAGCUGCUGGGAGGUCAGCCAGAAGGAGGAGAUGGAGCGUCCAUUGCAUCAUCUGGAGCGUGUGUUACCCAUCAUCCAUUCUCUGGGUACCGACUCCCACUUGCUGGUCAAAAAACAUCUCGCCAUGGAGGCCAUACGCAUCUACCUGGCCAGUAAAGUGGAUGUGUCCAAGCACGGGAUGGUGAAGUUCCGGGAGGAGAAGAGCAUUCUGGGAUUGGGACUGAAUACCGGCAGCUUCCACGACCGCUACUUCAUCCUGAGCACUGUCUCCCUCAGGAUGUACAAGGAAGUGCGGAGUAAUCGUCCAGAGAGGGAAUGGCAGGUGAAGAACCUGAGGGUCUAUCUAGGCAUCAAGAAGAAACUACGACCACCCACCUGUUGGGGUCUGACUGUGAUCAAUGGAAGUGAAAAACAGGAGAAGCCAGAGAGGCAGCAAUGGUAUCUGUGUUGUGACACUCAGACAGAGAUGAGGGAGUGGUUCUCCACCUUCCUCACUAUCCAGUAUGAUGGUAACGUGUGGCCAGCGGAUGCAGUACAAACACGUGUGACCCGUGCGUUGCCGGCGGAUACGCGUCAUGGUAAUGUGGCGUUGAUUCCAUUGCGCGGCAGCGAGAAUGAGAUGCGGAACAGCGUUGCAGCUUUCACCGCCGACCCGCUUGGCCUCUUUAGAGAUGUCUGAUAAUGGGUCCAGACAAGGGGAUAGACCACCAGCCGUAGAACCCACAAAGUCUUCAGAACAUUCCAGUAACGACAACCCCCCCCCCCCCCCCCCCCCCCCCCCCCGCCACACACACAGCUGUGCCUAUGAGCUGGACCUCUAAGCAGGGGCAGCAGGUGUGCCAUGAGGAGAGAGAGACUCUGUUACCACAGUGCCUUUUAGAACUGCAGUGCACCCUGGGAUACAUGGAGGACCUGUAAGAAGCUCCUGGUAUGGACUGAGAGGCUGAGAACAAAGACUGACUGAGUACAGACUGUCACUGGAACAGACUGACUGAGUACAGACUGUCACUGGAACAGACUGACUGAGUACAGACUGUUACUGGAACAGACUGACUGAGUACAGACUGUCACUGGAACAGACUGACUGAGUACAGACUGACUGAGUACAGACUGUCACUGGAACAGACUGACUGAGUACAGACUGACUGAGUACAGACUGUCACUGGAACAGACUGACUGAGUACAGACUGUUACUGGAACAGACUGACUGAGUACAGACUGACUGAGUACAGACUGACUGAGUACAGACUGACUGAGUACAGACUGUUACUGGAACAGACUGACUGAGUACAGACUGUCACUGGAACAGACUGACUGAGUACAGACUGACUGAGUACAGACUGUCACUGGAACAGACUGACUGAGUACAGACUGACUGAGUACAGACUGACUGAGUACAGACUGACUGAGUACAGACUGUUACUGUUUGUCUCUGAGAGGCCUGAAGAUAAUGGGCUGAUCUUCACCGACAAUCAAGCCGUCACUGUCCCUGUGUGUCCCACAUCAACCCUGUCCCCUCCUUGAACCGUCUCUCUCGCUCCCUGUUGUGAACUCUCCCCCACCUGUACCCUCAUCUCGUCAACCUCACCCGUGUCCCCUUCUCUCUUAAAGACUCCCCCAUCUGUAUAGUGCUCACAUCACCUCUCCCACGGUCUUCUCCCUCCAUGUUUUAGACUGUAAUUAUUUAUUUCUCCAGCAGAGGGAGCAGCAUAUAGGAAGUUAAGGGGGGACUCUGUCCAUUUAGAAAUAGGGUCGUGUAUGUAGGUAAACUGUUAGACAACCAUGACCAUCACUAGACAUUAAGUUGGUUCCACUAGACUAGAGGGAGGACAGCGAUGUGUGUGUGUGUGUGUCCAAGUUCACUUAUUGUAGUGACAUCAUUACUCCCACUUCUAGGUCUUAACCUGUAGAGACACCCCCCCCAACCCAACCAACCCAGCCAGCCAGCCCCCCCUACCCCCCCACCCCCCCUCAUAUCUGUUUUUGUCCAAUGAAAGAACUGAUCUGUUUCCUGUUUUGUUAAGACGAAUCGUCUGUCUGGUACUCUGUACACUUGAAUAAACACAUUUCAG